UCACUAACUCACUCCCCCUUUGCAGUGUAGUCGCAAUAUCACUAGACUUUACAGAAAUGUUUGUGCCUAUCGUGGGAACAGGCGAGUUAAAACUUCAAAGGCGUCACCACAGAAGACAACAAAUACAGAAUUUUCAAUGGACAAAUCAAAUCAUACCCGGAGCUCGUCACAUACUGUAAAUGCAGAAACUUUCGCGGUGGUUUAAUGUUCACGGUUUUCGCAGCGGCCGCUUCACCGCGAAAUUAAAACCACCGCGAACUUAAAUGCAUUUACAGUAAAUGCGAGACUAUUGUCAACAGGAUGAUUGGCCAAUAAAAAAAUUACAAACAAUGUAAGAUAUAGCGGAGAAAGGAUCGACCGAGCUCAAAUUACCGAUGAAACUUUCUGUGUCAGCUUUAGUUUUACUGAGAAACAACUAUUUUCUCUGACGUCGUUAUUCAGAAACAACGGUCGUUUGAGAAAAGGUGAUCCCGGCUGGUAAAGCGGCGUUUCAAGCACUUGUAUCAAAAUGACAUUCAACUUUUAACUCUUACACUGAACGAAAACCAUAAAAUCGAUUUGGCAUGGCCUCAUGAGUCAUGCUGCCUAAAGCGUAAAACGUACGAAAGACGCGAUGUUGACCAUGUAUGGCAAAAUCCUCGUGGCUAAUGAUAAUGAUGCCUGGAGGGGAAAUUCCACAAUAUCAUAACAAAGGAGGUUCACAGCGCCUAUAUUGAUGAUCAUGUGUCUUUCUACGGGUGUAUGACUGAAGUUUUUUUUCUUAAGGAAUAUGCAGAACACUUCUGUCGUCCUUGCUUCUUCAAGAGUCAUGAUUGCAUCGUUUGGGUUGAUGAUGAGUUGAGCAGCAUGCAAUUCUAUAGAUAGUAUCUCAGUACCUGCCCAUUACGUAUCCCUGUUGACGACACAUGUGUCGUCGCAUUGUCCCCCAAAUAACCGCGAUACGUUUUGCAUACGCUGUCAGACAAAGGCGGGUCUUAAGGGCCGCACCUUCUUUGGCCGCACCUUCUAAUUUAUUCAUCAGAUCAAACAUAAAGAGUUGUUUUCUACAAGACAGAUCACACCGAGACCGAGAGAGAACCACCGACCUCACCUUCCCUAACAGUGAGCGUCCACAGACAUUCGCCAGCAACAGACGCCGGACAUUCUAUCACGCCAACCAUGGGCUACAAGAUGUUCCUGGGGCUGUGCACCCUCCUGACGGUGCUGAUGGUGGACCAGGCAGACUCGUUCUGCUGCCAUGCUAAACUGCACUGUACUGGGUGGUGUUGGGGCCGCCGGUGCACCGGCCGCUGUCUAGAUGGAACGCAGGGAUCACCCUUCUGUGGAAUCGGGCACUGCAACUGCUUCGGAUGUAACUGCUACGGGGGCUGCAGACACAGUAAGAGGGAUGUGGUCGAGGAUGCACGCAGCCUCCUUGACAUGCUGCGCAGAGAAGAAGAGGACAUCGCCCCAGAGGGGAGCGUCAUGGCUGGUCGUGGGUUCGAGCACCACGACAAGGACGAGGACCAUAAGCUGUCCAAGCAGGAGGCUCUGGGGAUGCUGGAGGCUAUGGCGGAAGUUGACGUCUCCAAACUGCCCGAUGAUUGGUUCGAAUCCAUGGACACCAACAACAACGGGUUCAUUGACCCUGAUGAGUAUGAUAAGGACUUGGCCAAAACCUUGAAGUAGCUCCGAAAGCCGGAGGAACCCGGAAUGGCGAUGGUCCCACCGCAUGCUGCUUACACCGAGCACCAUCCUGGCCUUCCGAACGUGACUGCAGAUCAGCCACAUAGAGCUUAGCUGCAUUUGCCUCAUUUAACCAUAGCAGGGCUUGUGAGUGGAUAUCAAAUUUCUCCAUGAAAAUUCAAUAGUUUGGUCUUGCGAUGAUGAAGAAAAAUGAAAUCACAGUACAUCAGUCUCUGUGUGUGUCGAGGGGGACCAUUAGUAAACGUUCAGUUAUAUAUCAAAAAUGAGGAAAAUAUAUUUCGUUGUUUAACAUCUUAGGAUUACCAUUAUGAUCAUGAUAUGUAACAGGUCAUCACCAUCUCUGAAGGGACCCAUAACGUGAGUAAGCAUAUGCCCAAGGCACACACACACAUGCUAAAUUCCAGGUCUGUUUUAUUAUACUAUUAGGGUACAGGAGGCAAAAAUAUAACCUUUUUAUCCGGAAAUGGCAAAAAAAAGAACUAAAUGAAAUAGCUCUAAAGGCCGGCUAAAUUAAAGAGAAAGACAAAUUUGGGGGUACUGACCCACUCUAUCAAACUUCGAGUUAUUUGGCCCCUCAAAGGAAAACGAUGAAAUCAUUUUAUCAAAUGACAGGAGCAGGAGAUGAAACAAGACAUAAAACAACAUUUCCCCCAUACCACUGGUAUUGACUGAAACAUAGUCUCAGUGCAACAGUCAGUGGAUAAAAUCAGUAGCCUUUCAGCUAUGAAAUUGAGAUAAAAAUGAGGAGAGCAAAAGACAGAAAAGAUCUGGUUGGGAAAGUUCCGUGUUGCAGCUGUAACAAAGAAAGCCCAAAGCAUAUAACAGUAAAUAUUAGUUCAUAGAUUUUAACCGAUUGGUUCAUAUCCGUCUCACAGUAUCUGCAGUAGAUGAAAGGGCUCCUACAACUUUCUCUGUUUUUUUUUCUAUUUCUACAAACUGAUAAAGUUAAACUUUAUAAUCGUCAUCUCUGGAUUUCUUCACUAAGUACAAGCUCGUGGAACGGAAAACGUCUACCUUUUCAUUCCAUAACAUUUUCAAUUCUGCCUUUGUACAACUUUGUGGCAACUCGAAUGACACCCUUAUCUUCCUUGUUUGUCUUUUUAUGAGCCCAGAGACCAGCUCUUGCCGCUCUAUGUAAUCAAGAUUUCUUGCAAUAAAAGGAAAUGCAUGAUUCCA